UCCCUCUUCCUCCUGCCGCGCCGCCAGCAUGGGCGUCCUCUCCUCGCCGCCGACGCUCCUCCGACGAGCCGCCGCCCUCAUCUCCGGCGCGGGCCGCCGUUACUCGACGCCGUCCGUCGCCUCUUACCUCCGCCGCCUACCCCUUCAGGGUGGGAGGAGCGAUACAUAUUGUCGGUUCCAGUCGCAAGGCUGUUUCUUGUCAACCACAGCUGAUAUGCAGUUAGACUAUGAAAGCGACCCCCCACUGGAUGAUGUGAAAUCUCUUGAGAAAGUGUCGACGCUGAAUGGUGCUGUCUCUCAGCUUGCAAGUGAUUUUGAUAGAGAUUCUAAUCUAUGGUUGGAGCGCUUCUCCCGGACAAGGCGUGCAUCUGUCAUUUCGACUGGUUCUCUUAAGCUUGACCUUGCUCUUGGCAUUGGAGGUUUACCAAAGGGUAGAAUGGUUGAAAUAUUUGGGAAAGAGUCAUCUGGGAAGACAACACUUGCACUCCAUGUUAUCAAGGAAGCCCAAAAGAAUGGAGGCUAUUGUGCUUAUAUUGAUGCGGAAAAUGCUUUCAACACUUCAUUUGCAGAAGAAGUUGGUGUGGACAUUGACAAACUCCUAAUAGCUCAACCUGAUUCUGCUGAAAAUUCUUUAAGCAUAGUGAACACUCUUGUUGGUGGAUCCAUUGAUGUUGUUGUUGUGGAUAGUGUGGCAGCACUGAUUCCCAAAUGUGAACUUGAAGGUGAAAUAUACAUGAAAUUUAAAGACGCACAAUCCCGUUUAAUGACACGGGCACUUCGAAAAAUUCAAUACACAUUAAGUCGCUCUGAAACACUUAUUAUUUUUGUGAAUCAGGUUAGAACAAAGCGGAGCUCAGAUCCAUCUUCUGGGCUCUACAAGGAGGUGACCUGUGGUGGCAAUGCGUUAGGGUUCUAUUCGGCAAUCAGAAUGAGGACUUCGAGAAGGAAAUUGCAGUAUAGCAAAGACGAGGCUACUGGCAUCAGUAUAGCAGUGCAGAUCAUCAAGAACAAAUUAGUACCAGCAGCCCUGAAGGAAGCUGCGCUCAACAUUGGGUUUGGUAAGGGAAUCUGCCAUGAAUCGGAGAUUCUGGAGAUGGCUUCUACGCAUGGAGUUAUCGUGAAGGAAGGUUCUGGGUAUUGGAUCAACGGCGACUUCCUGCCUGGCAAGGAGGAAGCCGAGAAGUUCCUACUUGAGAACGAUGCUGUGGCAGAUGAGAUAUGCAGUACCAUGAGAAGCCAACUCUUUGAAACGUGACAUACGAAGACCACUGGAAAUUUGGUUCUCGAGAAUAUCUCAGCUCGCCAUAUCAACACAAUGUAAAUAUAGAAACUCCGAGGAAUAUUGCAUGUACAGCCGGUGUAUGAUUUGAGCGGCUCAUUCAUUAAUUAUUUAUCCGGUGAAGUGCGGAUGAGCGGUCCAUCGGCAAUUGGGAUCGAUGCACAUCCGCAUGAACAGGCGGAUAAAAACAGUGGUUCCAUAAGGUGUGGAUUUCUGCCAUCUCGGUUUUACUUCUGAAGUUGUAUCAUGUUCUUGUAGGGUAUUCCCUGUGUAACUUCAAUCUAGUAGGGUACCUACCAACACAUUGUUCCCACUCCCUUUGGAUUAUUCUGCAAUUUGUACCAUACUUAGCUUGUUUCGCCGAGGGCCAAUCACUUGAUCA